GAAGUAGGAGCCUAGAGUGGCCAUGGGGACGGGCGGCCGCAGGAGUUCGCGGUCCGGGAAGGGCACCGAGGGCGCGGCGGCGGCGGCCUCCUCCCCUUGUCUGUACCGUUGUAUCGAGUGCAACCGGGAGGCCCGGGAGCUGUACCGGGACUACAGCCACGGCGUGCUCAAGAUAACCAUCUGUAAAUCCUGCCAGAAACCAGUAGACAAAUAUAUUGAGUAUGAUCCUGUUAUUAUCUUGAUUAAUGCCAUUUUAUGCAAAGCUCAGGCCUAUAGGCAUAUUCUUUUCAACACUAAAAUAAAUAUCCAUGGGAAACUCUGCAUGUUUUGUUUGCUUUGUGAAGCAUACCUGAGGUGGUGGCAGCUGCAGGACUCCAGCCAGAGCAUAGCCCCUGAUGACUUGAUCCGGUACGCCAAGGAGUGGGACUUCUACAGGAUGUUCGUGGUUGCGUCUUUCGAACAAGCUGCCUUUUUUACUGGCAUUUUUGCUUUCCUGUGGGUAGAGCAACCCAUGACCGCAAAGAAAGCACCCGACCUUGUCCUGCUGCUGAAGGCGCUGCUGCUGUCCAGCUAUGGGAAGCUCCUGCUGAUCCCAGCCGUCAUAUGGGAGCACGACUACACACCGCUGUGCCUCAGGCUCAUUAAAGUCUUCGUCCUGACGUCCAACUUCCAGGCGAUCCGAGUGACCCUGAACACCAACCGCAGGCUCUCUCUGUUGGCCGUGCUGAGCGGCUUGUUGCUGGAGAGCAUCAUGGUCUACUUCUUCCAGAGAAUGGAGUGGGAUGUGGGCAGUGACUGUGCAGUCUACAAGUCUCAGGACUUCUGAAGGUACAAUAUGGAGGUUUCCUCGAACCGAGCCUGAACACAGGGCCUUGGAAGACUAAUACAGACUGCCAGCAGGACCGGGAACAGCCUAGGAGACAAACGCCUGGCGUUUCUCAGGGAAUUCCAAGACUGGAUUAGCUGAUGUGGGAAGACCCAUCGACUCACGGCAGGACUCCAGACUGAAGGGAGAGAAUCGAGUGAGCACCGGACCGCACACAGGAUGUCACAGCUGCCUGGUGCUCCCGCUGCCAGGCCUUCCUCCCCAGGGUGGACUGCAAGCCAAAGUAAGUCUUCCCUCAUUUGCUUUUGUCAGAGCAAUGAGAAAAGUAGUGAGUACAGGCCUCAUGCGUGCCAGGCAGGCCCUCUGCCACCAGGUGAUAAGUCUUAGGGCUGUGAUUUU